UUCAUUCGUCGGUUGUGCACAUUUUCAAAUGUUUGACCGUUGUGAGAUGCCAGAGGAAAGCUACUGAAGGGUUUGACGGACCCAGGGCUCUUAUUAUAUGGUGUUUUAUUUGCAGUUUAAAGUGAUUAUUUGUGUUGACCGUUUGUUUGAAAGUAUUAAGUGAGAAUGGAUCGACGGGACAAGUGGAAAUCCAAACCUCGAAAUUUUGAGAGCGAGGAGGCCAGACUCCUUCGAGUUGAUCAACAUCAGGCUCGUCGUCAAACCAAGAAAGAGGCACAACUCAAUCGGUUGAGACAGGUAUCAUCAGCUCAGCAUGACGAGGAAGAGUUUGAGGACACCUCAGAGGACCGAGCCAUUCGUCUAAAGAAAUGGAAGGCGGAAAGGGAUCUGAAGAAAAAGCUAGAUGCAAAGAACAAACGUCCAGCUUUCGUGAUCGGCGUUCCCCACCACAACUUCUUUUCGCCGGUCUCCAAAGACCCCCCGAAACCCCACUGCCACAAGAAAAUGAAAGGGCUCUCUCCCCCAAAACGAGUAACAACUGUAACAGCUCGUCGUCUUGCCGCUAAACAAGCAACCCGAGCCCCUCCAACAGGAUCAUCGAGUGCCUCCCAGCCCAGUACCAGCACCGGAGCCUCCAGAGUGCGUCCUCCCAAGACCCCAGUGACACCUCGCCUCACAAGAAGUCGUAAGAAAGCUCUAGAGGCGAGCAACAAAGGCGAACAAAAUGUGAAGCUCACAAAAAAAGUGUCUCUAGCCCCAGAAAAUUAUGAAUUCAAGGGUCCUAAAUUCGCCGAACCCAUUCCUCUCUUCGGAGCAGUAAUCGUUCCAGACGUGGACACCGAUUUGACGUUCAACCUGACUAACAGUUUCCAGACGACAAGAAGUAAAAUACCUCUGUUAGAGACAUUGAGAGAAAUUGAUAAAGAAAUUCCUCCUAAGUCAGCACAAUUCUUCGAGGAAUCGGCCAAAAAAAUAUCUCCGGAGAAAACAACUGCCAGAAUAAUUUUCCCAGAGAAGAAAACGGACAAAAAAAUUUUCCCUGAAAAGGAAAUUUUCAAAAUAAUUUCUCCAAAGCAGAAACCUUCCCGAAUAAGUUCUUCGGAGAGGGAAAUACUCAAAAACAUUUCCCCGGGGGAGAGCACUCUCAAAAACAUUCUCCCAGAAGAGAAAACUCCCAAAAAUAAUUCCCCUAAGAGAACGUCGCGAAAAGAGUCGACAGAAAGGAAAAGCCUCCGAAAAAUUUCUUCAAAGAAGGAAACACCGGAAAAAACCACGCCACGACAAACUCUUCUCAAAGUCCCAGAACCGAUAAUGAAGCAGGAAUCAUCCCAGCCCUGUGACUCCAGCAUCGAGAGUGUAAUCCUGCGGAUGUCGUCGCAGUUCGAGCCCUUGGAGUGUGCAGAAGACAUAAUGGAGAAGAAAGAGAAUGUACACAUGAACGUGGACCCUGUUCCCUCGAUCUUAACGGAGUCCGUGCCAGUCCAGUUCUCCCCCUACAUCGUAACAAGCCGCGGGAAGAGCAAUGCCCGAAAGGAACAGAAACAACGUCUGAGUCUGUACAAAACCUCCCCGAAAGACGACAUCCCGACGAAGGAGACGGUGAUGCAGAGCUUGAAUAUCUCAGUUGAAGAGGAGAAAAACACGUCUCAGUACUACAAAUUUCUGGUGGAAUCCGAAGAAGCCAGAUUAACGGAUCUGUGCUCCACGUGGAAGUCUAUUCAGGAGGACUCGUCCACUCCAGAGGACGGUGUCUACAUGAUAAAUCAGGCAAUUGGCCAGACAAACCUGUUGAUAAGAAAGAAAUUCGAGAGAUUUAAGACUUUAGUGAACGACUGUGAAACUGGUUUGGGUGUGCAGCUGGUGAGAUGUGCAGAUCUGCAGGGCUUCUGGGAGAUGAUGCAGAUGGAGAUCAUAAACUGCAACUCUCGAUUCACAAAAUUGGAGGAGAUUAAGAGCAAGGGAUGGCAGGAGGAUGAUCAGGUUAUUGUACAGAAGAAAACAGUGCCGAAGAAGAAACCAGCGCUCAAGCAGAAGGUGGAAGGAAGGAGUAAUAUGAGAGCCUUCAUAGAAGCCCAGAGGAAGAAGAAGAUGGCCCAGGAGUUACCUGUGGAGGUGGAGAGGCCGGAGGUGAAGGAGCUGCAGGUGGAGGAAAAACCCUCGACACCGAGAAAAAGUCUCCCUAAUCCGGUGUCUCCUCACAGCAGAGCCAAGGUCACUCCACGUGAGCAGAGGAUGAGUCUCCUGAAGUUGGUGCAACUGACGGAGAGCGCCAAGAAGAUGACCCAGAAAUCCUUGGCAAUGGUUAAAGUCAGUCAGAAAUGCAAAACUCCAGAAGUGGAGCACGAUCGUUCAAUCUCAUACAUAAACUCUGGCCAAAUUCCUGGGAAGGGAAUCCUUAAGAAAACUGAGGAUGCUCCACUGAGUGAAGGAAAGCCUCCCAAACCCACCAAAUGUAAAGUUAACUUCAAUGACACUGUGGAUAUGACUGAAGUACCACAGGAGGAGAUGGAUGAGGACGAGGAGAAUAGACGUAGUCUAGCUGUUAGUCUUGCGAAGAUAGAGAGCUUGGAAUUUGAGUAUGACGAUGACAUCUACGCCAGUAAGAAAUUGGAGUUCGAGGAUGAGCAGGAAGACGAUGUUGAGGCACAAAUUCAGCCCACCGGCUCCGAACCUGGAGCUCCAGAAGGAGCCAUUGAGAUGGACGAGGCUACUGAGAUGGAGACAGGCAUCCCAGUAUCUCCAGUUAUUGCGAUAACUCCAACAUCACCUCCUGUCCAAGUGAUGCCUCCCCCGACAACAGUCACAAGUCCGAAGAAUAAGAAGACUGUGGACGUAGCAGGGACUCCAAUCAUCGAGGUCACUGAGGCUACUCCUGUACCACAGCCUCCAAAGAACUCUGAGUCUACAGCUUCGCCUGUAGAAGUCAAGAUCAGGAAGAGGAGAAAAUCAGGGAGGAGUGGAAAAAAAUCUUUAAAGAAUGUAAUAGAGAUUGAUUCGACACCAUCUUCAGGAAGUCCCCGAAACUCCACGAAGCGACGAAGUCUGUUACAGGACUUUGAAGUGUCUACACCAAGUCCAGUUGUCGUUGAGAAGAAUUUGCGAAGAAGACGGACUACAGAAGCAGAAACUGGAAUUCCAAUCAUUGACAUUGCAACUCCCGAGAGUUCUGAAAGAAGGGGAAAGAGUGUGAGUGCUUUGGAGAUGGUGUUAUCCUCUGGCAGUAGAGGAGGAGAAUCUUCUGAAAGAAAUGUAGAUAGUCCAUUCUCCGAAACUAUUUCCGCCUCGAAGACCCUGAAGAAGGGGAGGAAGAGCGAAGCCGCUUUGGAGGUGGAGAGCACACCUGUCCGGCAACUUCGAAAUCGAUCUAUCCAACUGGAUAAUGUGACGUACAGAAAACGCAGGACUUCCAAGCACGAGAAGACUGCAGAGUUGAUGUCUGGAGAAGAGGUCAAUCAUCCGAAUGAUGACGAUAAUUGCAUAGAGAACUGCUCGGGAGUGGGGAACGUCAAACUCCAGAGCCCCAAGACACCCAAGAUGCUCAUCAAUUUGGAUACAUCGAGUGUGAGGAGGUCUGCUCGUAAGGGUGUACGAUUUGUACCGGAGGAUGAUUGCACAGCUUGCAGACCUGUGCCACUCACACCUAGGAGCUUGAAGAAUAGAAUUAGCUUUUUUGGUAACGCCGACGUUACCUCCCAACCACUGGCCAAUGGGGAUCUAAUGGCUUUUGAAUCACCUAGAACUCCUCGUGCGAGAAUCAGGAGAUCCAGUACGAAGGGAAAAUGAGGGAAUAACUAUAAAUAAGUUGUGCGAUUUUGUAAGCUUCUCCAAUUAUUAAAAAUUAAAUUCUCUGAUGUCUAAUGUGUAAGUAAAAAUAGUAAGGGGUUUGUUAUCCUUAUUUUUAUGAAAAAUGACUCGACAUAUAUACAACGAGGAAGAAGAGCAAUUUAUUAUCGCAAUUUUAACUGGAAUGUACGGAUACUGCGAAAAUUGAAUAAAGUUUCAAAUGUACUUUUAAAAA